UUUCUAGCCUACUUUCUAAAGAGGGUCUCUCUUUGUAUAUUAACACUUUUAUUAUUUCUCUCAUUAACUUGAUAGUAUCCAACCCAUCAUUCAAAUAAAAAACUUGUAACCAUGCCGUGCAAAGUUGUCCUUGCUGCUGAGGUUGCCUCUAACUACACUUCUGAGAUCAAGUCCGAGGUGAGCCAAAAGGAGACCAAGCCCAGGCUCGUUGGGUUCCUUGCCAACGAUGAUCCGUACGCAGAAAAAUACGCACAGUCCUCCAGCAAGCACCUCGCCGAAGCCGGGCUCGACUUUGAGCUCCGCCAAGUACCACGCGAAUCACUCGAAUCCGCCAUCCACGAUGCCAACCAAGACCCGCAGGUAAGCGGCAUCCUCGUAUACUACCCAGUAUACGGCGAUGAUCGCGACCAGCGGCUUCAAGACCUGGUUGAUCCGACAAAGGACGUCGAGGGACUGAAUGUCGUCUACAACGGCAAGCUCUAUGGCAACGACAGGUACCUGGACGAGGAGAAAACCCGCAAAGCCAUCCUGCCAUGCACGCCCCUGGCUGUGGUCAAGGUGCUGGAUCAUAUCGGCGUAUAUGACCAUGGGUUGCCCUAUGGCGACCACUUGCGCGGGAAAACCAUCGCUGUGGUUAACCGCAGUGAGGUCGUCGGCAGGCCGCUGGCUGCGCUGCUGGCUAAUGACGGAGCGAAGGUUUACUCGAUCGAUAUUAAUGACAUCCAAAUAUACGCGCGCGAGCAGGGCGCGUCUAUUAAUAGCCAUACGGCGACGGUAACUGAUCUGAAGCCUGAGGACGUUAUUCCACUGUGUGAUGUGGUUAUUACUGGAGUGCCGACUGCUGCGUAUAAGCUGCCGACGAGGCUGCUGAAAAAGGGCGUGGUUGCGGUUAACUUUGCUAGUGUGCGUAAUUUCGAGCCUGAGGUGAAGGACGUCGCGUCGAUCUAUGUGCCUUCGGUCGGCAAGGUCACUGUGUCUAUGCUGCAGCGCAACCUCUUGCGCCUGUUCAACUACCAGCACUAAACAAAAAUGAAACAAUAAUAGAGCUUUUGUUCUUUUGUUUAAUUUUCUCAUUUUUCUCAUAUUUUUUAUAAAUAAAUGGAUUUCUCAAUAGCGGGGA